AUGGUGGCGGAGGUGAUCGUGAGGCGCCGCGGCUCCUACGAAGAGUUUGCGGCGUACGCGCAAGGAGUGAUGGGUGCGUGCUGCGCUGACCUGGAGCAGAAGUGCCAGUCGCAGGAUGCCCUGUGGUCCUCCCAGAAGUCGGAGCACAUCGCGUUGCUCGGGCGGGUGGCCAAAACGGAAGAAGAGCUGGAGGGCCUGGCGAAGGCGCAAGAGCCACACGAAGAGCUGCGGAAGAUGAUGCAGGCAGAGGCGGCGUCCCAGGUGCACGGGGCCGCGCUGCAGCUGCGCGACGAGUGGCGUGCGGAGCUGCAGGGCCUUCAAGCGGAACAGGAGGCCUUGGCCUCCAAAGCCGCGUCUCUCAGCGAGUCGCUGCGCGAACGCGGCGAAAUCCGCUUGCAGGAGAUGCAGGCGGCGUUGGACGCUUUGGCAAGCCGGGAGGACUUGGAGCUUCGACGCCUCACGGCUCGUAUGGAGUCGGUGGAGACCUUGGUGUCUGGCGCCAGGAACGUGGAGCAGGGCUUACAGGAACAGGUCUCGGGCUUGGUGCAGUCUUUGGAGGACCGCCAGCGCCAGACUUCCAGGGACCUGGACCGUGUGCAGACCGAGUGCCGCGCCGGGCUCGCGCUGGCCCACUCCUCCUUCGCCCGGAUCUUGGACUGGCGGGCCGAGGUGGAUGUGCCGACUCUGCAGAACCACGGGAAGUUGGACGUCAUCAGUCCCAAGUUCGCGGCGGCGGGGCUUGAGGGCCUGCAGCUCCAGCUCCGCCUGCAGGCGGAAUCCGAGCGCUUGAGUCCAGAACUGGAGUUUCUUACGCCGCGGGACGGCUACGAUGAGGCCAUUGCCAACUUCCGCCGGGACCCCCGGCGCCUCACCGGGGCCCUGCGCGCCGCGGCGCGGCGCGCCGGGCCCUCCGCGGCCGCCAAGAGCUUCGAGAAGCUGCGGGCGGCCCGUGUGGAGACCAACGCGGUGCAUUUCGGCAGCCUGAUUUCCGUGUGCGACGCCAACGGGUGCUGGCAGCUGGCGGUGGACUUGCGCCUGGAUUUCACAGGGCUCAAAAAUUGCCAUCACUACUUUGUGCGCGCCUUGUUUCAUGCCUCAGCCAUGGUCGACGAGUGGAUGGUCGAGAAGUGGUUUGACCUAGCGGCUGAGCUAUUCUCAGAUGAUGGCUGGAAGGUAGAGCUGCAGACCCACUACGGGUGCAUCUCUCAUCGCCCAUGCCCUUGGGGCGGGCAUUUGGUGCGAAUACACGGGGACCAUCUCCACGUGGAGGGUGAAGAGAUCGGCGCCGGCUUGAUGAUAAGACCCGAAGUUCGGGCCUUGUACAACUGCGAAAACAUCUUCGGGCUCCCACAGGGCACGCAGCUGCAGCAACAUCUGGCCCCAGGUGAUUGCUUCCUAAGCAGCCUUGACAAGCGAGAGGACUCAGAGCAAGGGCAGCAGGUGGCGGCGGCCAUCAGCCUCUUCGUGGCGCUCUUUGGGGAUCCCGUCAGGCCGCUCUUCUGCAACUUCCGGGAGAGCAACGAGCCCCUGCUGGCCCGGAACCAGCUGCGACGGAACUUCCCAAGGCCGGGCGAUUGCACCUUGGCGGGUGUCGACACCAGCGGAUUGCACCAGGCGAUCUUGGCGUCCAGGCCACAUGGAAAGAGCAGCUUCCGCGUGGCCUAUGCUUUUCACACCCCGAUCCUGGCCACCGCCCGCUGGGUACCGGAAUGUUUGGAAUGUGUGAUCACAAGCCUGAACCGUGUGGUGCAUCAGAACUUCAAUCGUCCUGGCAUUAAAGAGCUCCGCAGGCUGGACCGAGAGUUUUACGUGAUUCUCAGCCUGAGCCACUUCAGGCGUGGACCGCCCAUGCUUCCCCACCUCAGUCCAGAGGAGCCGGAUGUGACCUUGUCGCUGGAUGGCGGAGGCCGCAGUUCCUGGACUCGUUAUGAGGUGCAAGCGAGCAAGUUCCGCGCUGCGGAGUACAUGCAACUCUUCCUGGAUCGUCUGGCAGCCGGCCACAGUGCUCGCUUUUUUGAUACCAUAGAUGGACAAGCCUUGGCGUCAUAUCAGUGUGCCGUGCGCCGGGACGAGUGGCAGAAACUUCGCCGGGAGGUCUUCAGUGCCUUUGGUUUGCAGAAAGCGGCCUACCGGCGUGCCAAUGGCGGCACCACGGCGCCCGAGCUCAAGGAGGCACCAUUUGCCACCUUGAAACCCGGUGCGAGUCGAAGGAGUCAGCGGGACACCGAGCCGGUGAUACGCCAGCUGUUGGUGAAGGGCACGUUUUUGGAGGCAUGCCAUGGCAUGCUCUUGGAGCGUGAGGCUAUACACCCCCGCUCAGUGAUCAAGUUGAUGGGCCCCUUGCUGGCGCUCGCGCAGAUGCGUGGCCUACUUCUGUCCCCAGACGUGUUGGCCUACAACAACGCCAUCAGCGCCUGUGCCCGAGGCCGCAGCUGGGAGAUGGCCGUGGCUGUUUUGGCGGGCGCCGAAGCUUCCGGCGGCGGCGCUUCGGCCGACGGCGCUGAAGCCCUGGACGUGGUGAGUUUCGGCGCGGCGCUGCAGCCGGUGGCGCGCUCGCGGCGGUGGCAGGUGGCGCUGCAGCUGCUGCGGGGCAUGGCCCGCCGCAGGCUUUCGCCCAACGGCAUUUGCUACACCGCCGCCCUGAACGCCCUGGGCGACCCGGACCCGGAUGCCAGCGACGGGCGCUGGCGCGCCACGCUGCAGCUGCUGUCGGAGAUGUGGCGCAAGCAGCUGCAGCCAGAAGCCGCCGCGGCGGUUCAGGCGGUGCAGGCCCACUACAUCUCGGCCAUCUCAUCCAGCAGAAGUGUGUGGGAGAAGGCGAUGGCCCUUCACCAGGAGAUGCAGUGGACCGCCCGGAUGCCGUCGGCGCCCUGCGUUGGCAGCUGCAACGCUUUGAUCCACUGCUUCGACCAGGCUGGUUGCUGGCAGCAUGCCUUGCAGACCUUGCUGACGAUGGGCGUGGCACCAAAUCGUGUCAGCUUCAACUCCACGAUCUCGUCCUGUCAGAAGGGCACUUGCUGGCAAGAGGCUCUGGCGCUGCUGGCGAUGAUGCACAGCUUCGAGGACCGGCUGCAACAGGCGCUCGCCGCAGACGGCUGCUGGGUUGAGGCAAUUGAAAAGCCCAACCCCGACGCCCAUCUGAACGCGGUCGAAAUCCGUGAGGAGCUUAGAGGUUUUGGCCGCGACGGCUGGAAAGCCGUCGCCGGCAUCACGGACUUCGACGGCCGGCGUCGCGGCCAUGAAGUGCAGCACGCGUACGUCCGCGUGAAGUUCACGGCGGAGUCCCGCGCGGCGAGCGUGGUCCAGGCGGCGCUGCUGGCGGCCGUAGAGCUGGCCAAUUCGCCGCCGGCCGAGCUGCGGGAGAUGCAGCAAAGCCAGGAGGUGCUCAAGGAGCACACCAAGCACGUGAUCUCCUGCCUGAACACCAUGCUGGCGCUGGUGGUCCAACUCUUCAACGAGCAGAACGCCCGCAUGAAACGCCUAGAGGCCUCGGCUGUGGACAGAUACUCCAACCCGGGGAUCGCGAUUCCCGGGAACUUCUCUCAGGCAGUCGGCCGGCCGGAAAUGCAGUUGCCACCUUUGGAGGAGAGGUUCAUGGGCGAGAUCCCGGGUCCCGGAAACUUCUCCGAGGAGCGACCCCGGCGGACGGACGUGCUCUUCCAGGGCGGGCUGGACCGGCUGCUACUGAUGUUCCUGGUGGUGCACCAGGUCUGCCGUGGCUGCUUCCAGCGGCAGCCGCCUCCGGCUCCGGCUGAGGCCCAGGCCCCCGAGGCAUUGGGCGAAGAUGCGAGCGUCAAGGAGGACGGCGGCCUUUCGCGGGUGGAGGAGCGUCGCUUCAAGCUGCCGCGGGCCGCCGCUUCGGCGCGCUUCGAGCGGUCCGCCAGCCGGCGUCGGACUGUGCCCCGCGGGCACAGCUCCUCCUCUUCCGCCCUGGAGACCUUCAAGCUGGAGAAGGCCGCCGAGCGGCCCGGCGAGCGGGCCGAGCGGGCGUUGGUCUCGUCCGGGGAGGAGCGUGGCGCGCGCAAGGAGCUGGACCUUGGGUCCGCCUCGCCUUUCGGGAACAGCGACUCCCAUAGCUCCUCCGAGCGGGAGGAGGCGCUACACUCGUCUGUGGCGGCGCUGCCACGUUUGAAGGUGCCGAAGCGCAAGCCCAUGAAGCGCUACUCCUCGGCGGCCCGGCGGCACCCCGUGCACCAGGCACGCCGGGAGACGGGCAAUACCAACUCCCCGUUGGCCGGGCCCACCGAGAGCCAGUGAGCAGUUUGUACAUAGCCGCAGCUGCACCGCGCUUUGGCUGUUCAAAUGCGAUGGGACGU